GGUUAUUCUGCAGAAUAUCUUGUCCUCAGUACGUGCCAUUUUAAAGUAAUUUUGACUUGUAUUGUAUAGUAUUGUUUGGUCAAAUUGUGCAAGAAGAUAUUGCAAACUAUCCAUUUCUGAGUCUGAAAACAGUUUGCUUAAAAAUAGUCUAAGAAAGAUGAGUUUCACCUUGUACAUGUUUGAAAGUGAUUACAAAGGAAUCACAGAUUUUGUUUUGGGAUACACGAACAUCGAAACAGGAGGUGAUCUUUUUGGUUUGUGGAAAGCCAAUGGUGAUCCGGUUGUUCAAUUGAUUAUAGGACCAGGACAGAAAUCAAGACGUACCUCAGUGUCAUUUCAUCAAGAUACAGACUACCUCGCCAGAGUUGGUACAUAUGUUAAUACCAAUUUUAUGCUUUGCCACAUUGGCAGUUGGCAUUCACAUCACCAGUUGAGUCUGAAGCAACCAAGUGCAGGAGAUAGGAGCACAGUCUGCAAUAAUUUUCCACAGGGUCUUAAAAGGUACAUCAUGAUUAUUGCAAACAUAACGAGAGACCGACAUAGGCCGGUUGCUAUUCACCCUUUCAUGUUUACCAACGGUGGACAUGUUUGUAAAGAAGGAAGUGUUAAACUUAUUCGUGAGCAAAAUCCAUUCCUUGAGUAUGGUUAUGUAUUACAUUGUAUUGACCAGGGAAAAGAACGCCCAGUAGCAACCAGCAAUGCAUAUUCUUCUGCUGCACCAGCCGGAUACCACAAUCGACCAUCAACACAAUCGAAACUUGGAGUUGAUUCAAAACAACAUCAAUCUCAGCAUGAUAACAGAAUCUAUACGAAACAUCAAAACUUCUUUUCAACAGAUGACGAUAGCGCUGGCCGUCAUUCACCAAUGGACAUUGACCCACCAAUGGACACUGACCCAGAAAUGGAUACUGACCAGCCUCACAACCAUUACAUUACCAGACAGCAACAAACCAAUCACUCACAGUAUCAUGACAAAAAUUCAAAGCAAUUGGACAACUCAGAAACUAAGCAGUGGUACGAGACUGAGAAAGGUGGGGCUAUAGUCAAAGAAAUCCAUGAAGAAGUAACCAACAAAAUGGCCAGCAAUAUUGAUUAUCACCGUGAUGCAAAUACCAAAGAUCUUACCAUGAAAUUCCAUCAUGCUCACAAAAGCUGGAGUGUAUUGUUUCCGAAAUCAUUUGCCAACAAGCCUGCUGUAAUUACAAAUGAAACUAGUGGAAAAUCAAUGUCAUCUAAAAGUAUACUCCAAGAUGUCAGAGAAAUGUGUCACUGUGUGGAAUGUGGAACAAUACCUCGUAAUAAUGAUCCUCGUUCUCCUUUAUUACCACACCCUUCUUCCUCCAGACGAGAUCCCUCCCCCUCUAAACGAGAUCCCUCCAUCUCCAGACGAGAUCCCUCCCCCUCCAGACGAGAUACCUCUCCCUCUAAACGAUAUCCCUCUCCCCCUAAACGAUAUCCCUCCCCCUCCAAACAAGAUUCGUCACCCUCCAGACGAGAUCCCUCCCCCUCCAGACGAGAUCCCUCCCCCUCUAAAGGAUAUCCCUCCCCCUCUAAACAAGAAACCUCACCCUUUAAAAGAGAUUUCUCUUCCACAACCUAUCAUUCUCCACCUUCCACUCCUACAAAACAAGACCGUCACUCUGAUCGACACAGACCUUACCCAACUAAGUCGGCUUCAAGGCCUCGGACUGGAAGAAAAGGCCAAGAUCCAUCCCAACCUUGGUAUAACACAGCAUCUGGUAAAGCCAUUCUAGACAAGAUAAAAACUGAACUUUCUGCAUAUUUAAGAUCCACCACCUGUUCUGGCAGAGUUAAAACUCAAGACACAGAUGUUUCAAAGAAACUUUCUUUCUAUCAUUCCUCCCAAGACUGGGUUGUUGAAUUUUUUAAUAACCCCUAUAAAGAAGUGAAAGUGACGUUUCAUGGAAAUAAAACAAAGACAUUAAUACCUCCAUAUGAUGUUGUGAGUGUACUGAAGAAUAAUUGUCUAUGCCCAGAAUGUCGGCCAAGAAAACGAAGCCCAAGCGCUGGUAGAAGGCAAACGUCAACAUCACGGCAUGCGAGAAUCAACCAACCCUCUCCAACCAGAGUCUCAUCCACGCCCAGUCCGACAUUUUUUGCAAGCGGAAAAGGCGAAAAACAAUUUCAGAAAAUCUACACGGGUAUUGAAACCCUGAGUGAGAAAGAUGUUGACAUUCAGAGACUUAUCGAUUCCAGGAAAAUCGAGGUCAAGUUUGAACACAACCGCAGAAAAUGGAAAGUGAUCUUUCCCUUCAAGUUUCCUGAAGAGGCAGCAGUUGUUCAGCAGCAGUCCACGCGUGUGUACUCACGUCAAAAUGUAAAUCACUUUAUUCCUGUUGAAAAAGGUGACGUUCUUCGUGCAAUCAGAAAAGAUUGCGGCUGUCGAUCUUGUAAAAGAUAUCAAUAUUGA